GCCGUCAGGCCCGUGUACAACGUCUCGGUCAAGUCCUCACGGAACAACACGAUCAUCACGUUCGCGAAACCGGACGGGAACCAGCUCGUCACGCUCACGGGCGGGAAGCUCGGGUUCAAGAAGAGCAACCGGAACGGGUACGAGGCGGGGUACCAGUGCGCGGUGGGCAUCAUCGGAGCGAUGGAGGCGGAGAUGGACCGGGUUGAUUUCGACUGGCAUUUGUACUUGAAAGGCUUUGGGCAGGGGAGGGACGCGAUGCUCACGGCGAUCACGACGGCGGUGGGGGCAAAGGUGAAGCCGAAGCUGAAGCGCGUCACGGAUAGGACGCCGCUGAAGAUUGGUGGGACGAGGGGCCAGAAGACGCGGCGG